AUGAUGUUUGUUAUCACAGAGUCUUUAAAUGGAAAGUCUUCAAAUGGAAAACCUCCUCAAAAGCCAUGCAAGGCAAAUUGUACAGAAAUUAUAUUUGGCUUUUAUGGGGGGUGUGCUGGUUUGUGUAGCUAUCAACGGAAAUCUGGCAAAUGCACCAUAAAUUUAAGCAAACCUUUGCUUAAACGGAGGAGCAGGAAAGAUCUUAUUGAGUCGCUUUUGCAUGAAAUGAUUCAUGCGUAUUUAUGUAUAAAUAACAUAAAGGAAAGUGACAUGCAUGGGCCAGUUUUCUGCAGCCAUAUGCAGAGAAUAAAUACCGCCGGCAGAUUCCACAUUACCACCUAUCAUACCUUCCAUAAGGAAAUUGAGUUUUAUGACAACAAGUGGUACCGGUGUGAUGGACCCUGCAACACCAAGAAGCCCUAUUAUGGUUUCUGUGUCCCAUACUCUUGUGCAAAACCAUCAUGGUGGGACCAGCACAAGACCAACUGUGGAGGGAAGUUUAAGAAGGUACAGAGGCCAGACCUUGAUGACCUUCUAGGAAAAUCUAAACCAUAA